UCAUUCUUGUCGAAUGAAAUGGCAUCCGUGUUGUGGCUAUAAUGUGGGUGAUAUUUAAUUUAAUAUAAAAAAAUUAUCAUUAUUUACUUAUUGUUUUGGUUCUCAACAUAAUUCGAUUAAUGAUUUUCUUUUUAUAAUUUGACCUCCCUUAUAAUUUAAAACAAUAGAGAAAAAUGAAUUUUUAACACGUGUGAAAUCAUAACCUAAAAUGACAUCUAUUCCGAUUGCUGCUCGCAGUUCAUCUGGCAUAAGCUUAUCAUUUGGACCUCCAAAUUUUGGAAAUGUGGAGGAAUUUGACUCGGUGCAAAGCAAGUCAUGCAGGUCCAUGUUAUUUAGUCCCGAUGGGUCGUAUUUUGCUUACAUAAAUGGACAAAUUUUGAAGAUUGUGCAGACAAGUAAUUGGAAGGAGGUGGCAAGAAUUGAAAACACUAAGGCAUACCAUUUGGCAUUUUCUCCAAAAAGCACUUAUUUGAUGAGUUGGGAACCUUUCACAGUUAGUAAUGCCAAUCCACAGGGCACUCCAAACCUGAAUAUUUAUAGAGCCGAAAAUGGACAACUUGAAAAGAGUUUUGUGCAUAAGAAACAGAGCAACUGGGAACCUCAGUGGAGUGCAGACGAAAAGCUAUUUGCGAGAAUGGUAAAUACGGAUGUUGUUUUUUGUGAAGAUCUCAAUUUUGAAAGAAUCGUUACUAGAAUAAAUUGUCACAAAAUUAUUUCUUAUAAAAUUUCACCCAAUGUUGGUACUUAUUUUGUACUUUGCCAUACCCCUGGCGUUCCAGGACAACCUUCUUUCGGAAGAUUAUUUAAAUAUCCGAACUUUGAUGAACAGCAGGCUCUAGCAAACAAAAGUUUCUUCCAAGCAGACAAGGUAGACUUUUACUGGAAUUCCAAAGGAAACAAUGCCCUUUUACUUACAUCAACGGAAGUCGAUAAGACUGGAGGUUCGUACUACGGAAAACAAGGACUUCACUUUGUUGGUUUAAACGGCCAAACUUCCAUGGUAACACCUAGUAAAGAAGGCCCAAUCUACAGCGUGCAGUGGUCGCCAAAAAAUCAAGAAUUCUGCGUUAUUUACGGUUUCACGCCUGCAAAAGCGACAAUCUACAAUUUAAAGUGUGAAGCAGUCUUCGAACUAGGUAGUGUUGCCAAGAAUUCCGUUUACUACAACCCGCAGGGUAAUAUACUGUUGCUCGGAGGUUUCGGGAACUUAAGGGGACAGAUAGAAUUGUGGGAUGCCGUUAAUAGGAAGAAAAUAGGCAGUUGCGAUGCCCCCGAAACCACGCUGCUGGAAUGGGCGGCUGAUGGUGAACACUUCUUGACCGCUACUACAUCCCCUCGUUUACGAACCAGCAACGGUUAUAAAAUUUGGCACUACACCGGAGUACUAUUGUAUGAAAAGCCAUCACCCCAACAAGAGGAAUUGUACGAUAUUAUUUGGAAGAAUUAUCCAAAACUAGCGUUUAAAGAUCCAAUAAUCACCACAAAGAAAGUGGAAGGGAUAGCCCCCAGCCAACCGCAGGCCUCCACGCAGGCAUAUAGGCCUCCGUCGGCCAGAAAUCGUCCCGCAGUUAAGUUCAGUCUCCACGACGACGAGGAAGCGGCCCAUAAACCAGGGGCUGAUUCGGCGCCUUCAAAAGCCGCCCUUAAACAGAAGAAGAAGAGAGAAGCCAAGAAGGCCAAAAAAUUAGAAGGAGGCGAAGACGAGCCUAAAGGUCCCGCAGUGUCGAGUACAGUACAAAUUAAUUUGACUGGAGAUCCAGAACUGGAUAAAAAGUUGAAGAACAUUAAGAAGAAACUGGACGCUAUAGAGAAGCUCAAGCAACAGCAAGCCCAAGGGAAAACUUUGGAGAUCAAUCAGAUCGAGAAGAUCAAAGGGGAAGAGGAAUUGUUGAAGGAAUUAAAGAACCUUGCUGUGUGAUUUUUUACUGGUAAUAUCUUUAUCAACUAUUUUUCCAAAUAUCAUGAUUAAAUAGCGAUGAAUACAGAAAUGGGGUAAUGCUUUCUCUGCGGUAUUUUGCUAAUAAAGGGCUUAUUUAUUUUA